AUGCUUCCCAGGUAUGGAUUCUCCCCUCUCCCUGACUUCCAGCCUCACCUCCACGCCUUCCGUUACCGAGGAGAGAGCCCCAGCAUGUGGAUCCCGGUCUCAGGCGAGUCCCAGGCUUUGAGCGAGGCCCGGGACAACAGGCCUCUCCUGCGGCAGUGCCAACACAACCACAUCGCCGUGUGUCAGCAGGAGCUGCAGCCGCCUGUGACCCCCAGCGUCAACGGCCGUGGAUCACCUACUAUAGACACUCAGCGCUCCACCCCUAUGUCUCUGAAUCAUUGCAAACACACGAGGAGUGAAGCAGAAAAUGGCGGCGGGUGGAGUAACCCUGAUCAUGACACUGAUACUGAUACGGACCUGAGUUCAGACUCUCAGACGCGAGGGGGCGACGUUGAGCUUGUUAUCCGGGAAGAUAGGAGGACUUACCCUCCAGUGCAAGAGCUGUGUGAGAGACCCAUGGCGGUGUCGACUGUGUUUCGUCCCCUCCACACAUCCCUCAGCCUGCCCCUGUUCCUCCCUCUGUCCUCCCUGUACAGGGAAACAGACUACUGGGACUCUCAGCCAUCUGGCUCUCCAUCCUCACAUGAGCCUCCGGCGCUGCAGAGCCCAGACACCUGUCGACCCCAGAGGAGGGCUUCACAGGGCUCCCUCAAGGAAAAGUCCAUCCGUAAGUACAGUAUCUAUCCAUUCCACUUCAUCAACUCUCUGUUAGUCCUCAUCAGGAGAAUGUUUCUUUCCCCCUUCAUUUUCUCAUCUGUAGGACUUCAAAAUCUUACUUCUGAAAUAUUUUGUACAAGGCCAUAUCCAAUAUGACUGGCUGUAGUUUACAGAGAAGUCUUCACCUCAGUCUUUUUUGUGUUGUGUCCUAGGGCGUAAGGUGCGAGUGUACUCACCAGACAGCCUGAGCAACGACUCUCUGGCCAGCCCCAUUCUGGAUGGCGACUACCUCUUCCCAGGACCCUUCGACUCCUUCCUGGAGGAGGACAUCGGGGGAGACCCUGAAGACACCACGAGUCCCUCAUCAACAGGGGGGGGGCCCAACCCCCGAAAGACUCCACCUCUGUCCGCAGAGCCGCUGCAGUUGUCAGAGCACUCAUCUGUCUUGAACUGUGGGGCUGUAGAGAAUUCCUCGGCCACCGGAGGAAGCUCUUUAGCCCGCUCCGGUAUGGCGGAACACGAGCGGCGGCGCUUCUCAGCCUCGGAGCUGAUCUCACGGCUACAGCUUUCCCAGAGGAAGAACUCGUUCACACUAAAGCUUGGCAAGUCGCUGUCAGCUCGGGUGGCCUCCCGCGACAGGCAGAACCCCAGCAACCUCAGCUCUGACUGUGAGUGUCCUGCCUCAGGGUUGAGCACCACUGCAGCGGGAUGUGUUAGACAUGAGGUUUCUGACAGCAUUGCAUGUCUUAUAACAACAUUAACUGCCAAAAAUGCUAUAAAUAAUUUUGCAAUGCCGUUUUCUAUGUAAGUGGAUGUUUAAACUUGAGACAACGUUCUGUAGUGGUUGUGUGUUUGCUAGGUUCCUUCCACCUCCAUCUACUUUCUUCCACUCCAGAUAAGUCCACUUCCAGGCAUCAUGGCUCAGGUGGUGCCAGUGACAGCACCCCCCACAGUCCUGUAGGACCUGCACUGCCACUGCCAUCUGUUGACAAUAACACGCAACAACAUCGACGUAGCACCGGAUUCACAAUCAAAAAGUGUGUUUUAACAGCUAAAAUGGGUGUAUUAUAUCAAGGUUAAACUCACAAAGUUGCAUUUAAACAAUACAUCUUUGCUGGAAGUGGGUUGUAAAGUUGUCCGCUGUAAAUAACACUGUUAUAACGACUAUAUCUACUACUUUCCCACAGUAUGAGGAAGAAGUCUAUUGAGGAGGAUUGGUGCACUCCUCCCACAGUCAGCAGAUCCAAUCGUCUGUCACGGUUUCUCCCCAACUGUGAGUCUUACUUUCCGCUUGCGUCAAAAAUGUGGUUCUUUCCACCUCCCUUCUCCACCUCCAUUGUCAAUGGUAUUUAUAUGGCAUAGCAAUGGUAUCCACACUUGUUCAACCACAUGCUACAUAACAACAUAACAUCUGAAAGUAUUUUUUUAACUUUCUGCAAUAUUGAUUUUAAUUCUCAAUAACCCCUAUGUACUCUUCUUACUCAAUAUUCUCAUCUCUCUCUCUCUUUCUCUCUCCUCAGCGAUUCUGUACCAGGAGUACAGUGAUGUUGCAAUCAACCGAGAAAUCCUGAGGCAGCAGGGGGAGGAGCCAGGUGCUGAGGAGGAGGGGCUAAGGGAGGAAGGGGCUGGGGAGACUCCAUCUCCAUCCAAUCUGUCUCCGUCCAGCUCCUUUCGCUCGUCACGAGGCUCCGCGUUCUCCCUGUGGCAGGACAUCCCUGACGUCCGGACCAGCGGUCAGCUGGACAACUUCAGCAACGUGGAACGCAAACUACAGGAGGUGAGAACAUGAGGGUGACAUAAAGCCAGAUUGGGAUUUGGGAAGCACUCAUAGAGAUGAAUAGAAGGUGUGUGUGAUGUCCUAUCUUUUGUGGAAAGUGCAGCCUCUAUCCAUCUCUAUGGCAGCACUACAGGCUUUUAGCAUAUCCAAUUAACCAGCCAAGUUGAUCGGUUUCAUCUAUGGGAUGGAUUACCUAUUUUGUUAACAUAACAUAUUUUGAUAUAACAUUUGUGGUCAUAACAUUACAUUCAUGGAUUUAAUUUAUCUCUGUUUCCCCAUAACGUCAUGAUUUGAAUAUUUAGAUAAAGUAUUUUUUAAUAAUAAUAAUAAUAUGCCAUUUAGCAGACGCUUUUAUCCAAAGCGACUUACAGUCAUGCGUGCAUACAUUUUUUUUGUGUAUGGGUGGUCCCGGGGAUCGAACCCACUACCUAUGCGUUACAAGCGCCGUGCUCUACCAGCUGAGCUACAGAGGACCAAAAUAUAUUUAGAUAAAUAAAUGUUUUUAAUUGUGAGUGAGAGGUGUGCCUAUUGCUUCCAAAAGGCCCAUAAUGUCUCCUCAUCACAGGCCAAGUUUGAGCUGGUGACAUCAGAGGCGUCGUACAUUCGGAGCCUGACCAUCGCGGUAGACCACUUUAUGCUGUCCCAGGAGCUGGGGGAGUGUCUGGGGGCCCAGGAGAGACAGUGGCUCUUCUCCAAGCUCCCCGAGGUCAAGGAUGUCAGUGAGAGGUACAGUAUAGUAAAAAUGUAUGUAUGUCAUGAGAUUCUCUCUGUUUUUUUCUGUCUUGGUUUUUCUGAUUCUUCUGUUUCUCUUCAAGUCAAAUUUGAUUUGUCACAUGCUUCGUAACAACAGGUGUAGACUAACAGUGAAAUGCUUACUUACGGGCCCUUCCCAACAAUACAGAGAGGAAAAAAAGAUAAAUAAUAGAAAAAUAAUAACACAAGGAAUAAAUACACAAUGAGUAAUUAUAAUGUUGCUAUAUACACAGGGUACCAGUACCGAGUAGAUGUGCAGGGGUACGAGGUAAUUGGGGUAGAUAUGUACAUAUACAGUGGGGGAAAAAAGUAUUUAGUCAGCCACCAAUUGUGCAAGUUCUCCCACUUAAAAAGAUGAGAGAGGCCUGUCAUUUUCAUCAUAGGUACACGUCAACUAUGACAGACAAAAUGAGAAAAAAAAAAUCCCGAAAAUCACAUUGUAGGAUUUUUAAUGAAUUUAUUUGCAAAUUAUGGUGGAAAAUAAGUAUUUGGUCAAUAACAAAAGUUUCUCAAUACUUUGUUAUAUACCCUUUGUUGGCAAUGACACAGGUCAAACGUUUUCUGUAAGUCUUCACAAGGUUUUCACACACUGUUGCUGGUAUUUUGGCCCAUUCCUCCAUGCAGAUCUCCUCUAGAGCAGUGAUGUUUUGGGGCUGUCGCUGGGCAACACGGACUUUCAACUCCCUCCAAAGAUUUUCUAUGGGGUUGAGAUCUGGAGACUGGCUAGGCCACCCCAGGACCUUGAAAUGCUUCUUACGAAGCCACUCCUUCGUUGCCCGGGCGGUGUGUUUGGGAUCAUUGUCAUGCUGAAAGACCCAGCCACGUUUCAUCUUCAAUGCCCUUGCUGAUGGAAGGAGGUUUUCACUCAAAAUCUCACGAUACAUGGCCCCAUUCAUUCUUUCCUUUACACGGAUCAGUCGUCCUGGUCCCUUUGCAGAAAAACAGCCCCAAAGCAUGAUGUUUCCACCCCCAUGCUUCACAGUAGGUAUGGUGUUCUUUGGAUGCAACUCAGCAUUCUUUGUCCUCCAAACACGACGAGUUGAGUUUUUACCAAAAAGUUCUAUUUUGGUUUCAUCUGACCAUAUGACAUUCUCCCAAUCCUCUUCUGGAUCAUCCAAAUGCACUCUAGCAAACUUCAGACGUGCCUGGACAUGUACUGGCUUAAGCAGGGGGACACGUCUGGCACUGCAGGAUUUGAGUCCCUGGCGGCGUAGUGUGUUACUGAUGGUAGGCUUUGUUACUUUGGUCCCAGCUCUCUGCAGGUCAUUCACUAGGUCCCCCCGUGUGGUUCUGGGAUUUUUGCUCACCGUUCUUGUGAUCAUUUUGACCCCACAGGGUGAGAUCUUGCGUGGAGCCCCAGAUCGAGGGAGAUUAUCAGUGGUCUUGUAUGUCUUCCAUUUCCUAAUAAUUGCUCCCACAGUUGAUUUCUUCAAACCAAGCUGCUUACCUAUUGCAGAUUCAGUCUUCCCAGCCUGGUGCAGGUCUACAAUUUUGUUUCUGGUGUCCUUUGACAGCUCUUUGGUCUUGGCCAUAGUGGAGUUUGGAGUGUGACUGUUUGAGGUUGUGGACAGGUGUCUUUUAUACUGAUAACAAGUUCAAACAGGUGCCAUUAAUACAGGUUACGAGUGGAGGUCAGAGGAGCCUCUUAAGAAGAAGUUACAGGUCUGUGAGAGCCAGAAAUCUUGCUUGUUUGUAGGUGACCAAAUAGUUAUUUUCCACCAUAAUUUGCAAAUAAAUGCAUAAAAAAUCCUACAAUGUGAUUUUCUGGAUUUUUUUCCUCAAUUUGUCUGUCAUAGUUGACGUGUACCUAUGAUGAAAAUUACAGGCCUCUCUCAUCUUUUUAAGUGGGAGAACUUGCACAAUUGGUGGCUGACUAAAUACUUUUUUCCCCACUGUAGGUAGGGACAAAGUGACUAGGCAACAGGCAGUGGUGUAAAGUACUUAAGUAAAAAUACUUUGACGUACUACUUAAUUAGUUUUUUGGCAUAUCUGUACUUUACUAUUUAUAAUUUUGACAACUUUGACUUUUACUCCACUACAUUCUUAAAGAAAAUAAUAUACUUUUUACUCCAUACAUUUUCCCUGACACCCAAAAGUACUCAAAUCAAAUCAAAUUUUAUUGGUCACAUACACGUGUUUAGCAGAUGUUAUUGCAGGUGUAGCGAAAUGCUUGUGCUUCUAGCUCCGAGUGUGCAGUAAUAUCUAACAAGUAAUAUCUAACAAUUUCACAACAUAUACCCAAUACACACAAAUCUAAGUAAGGAAUGAAUUAAGAAUAUAUACAUAUAUGGACGAGCAAUGUCAGAGCGGCAUGGACUAAGAUACAGUAGAAUAGUAUAGAAUACAGUAUAUACAUAUGAGAUGAGUAAUGCAAGAUAUGUAAACAUUAUUAAAGUGACUAAGAUACCGUAGAAUAGUAUAGAAUACAGUGUAUAUAUAUAUAUAUAUGAGAUGAGUAAUGCAAGAUAUGUAAACAUUAUUAAAGUGGCUAGUGUUCCAUUUCUAAAGUGGCCAGUGAUUUCUAGUCUAUGUCUAUAGGCAACAGCCUCUAAUGUGCUAGUGAUGGCUGUUUAACAGUCUGAUGGCCUUGAGAUAGAAGCUGUUUUUCAGUGUCUCGGUCCCAGCUUUGAUGCACCUGUACUGACCUCGCAUUCUGGAUGAUAGCGGGGUGAACAGGCAGUGGUUGAUGUCCUUGAUGAUCUUUUUGGCCUUCCUGUGACAUCGGGUGCUGUAGGUGUCCUGGAGGGCGGGUAGUUUGCCCCCGGUAAUGUGUUGGGCAGACCGCACCACCCUCUGGAGAGCCUUGCGGUUGCGGGCAGUGCAGUUGCCGUACCAGGCGGUGAUACAGCCCGACAGGAUGCUCUCAAUUGUGCAUCUGUAAAAGUUUGUGAGGGUUUUAGGUGCCAAGCCACAUUUCUUUAGCCUCCUGAGGUUGAAGAGGCUCUGUUGCGCCUUCUUCACCACACUGUCUGUGUGGGUGGUCCAUUUCAGUUUGUCAGUGAUGUGUACGCCAAGGAACUUGAAGCUUUCUACCUUCUCCACUGCGGUCCCAUCAAUGUGGAUAGGGGGGUGCACCCUCUGCUGUUUCCUGAAGUCCACGAUCAUCUCCUUUGUUUUGUUGACGUUGAUUGAGAGGUUAUUUUCCUGGCACCACACUCCCAGAGCCCUCACCUCCUCCCUGUAGGCUGUCUCGUUAUUUUUGUUAAUCAAGCCUACUACUGUUGUGUCGUCUGCAAACUUGAUGAUUGAGUUGGAGGCGUGCUUGGCCACGCAGUCAUGGGUGAACAGGGAGUACAGGAGGGGGCUGAGCACGCACCCUUGUGGGGCCCCAGUGUUGAGGAUCAGCGAAGUGGAGGUGUUGUUUCCUACCUUCACCAACUGGGGGCGGCCCGUCAGGAAGUCCAGGACCCAGUUGCACAGGGCGGGGUUCAGACCCAGGGCCUCGAGCUUAAUGAUGAGCUUGGAGGGUACUAUGGUGUUGAAUGCUGAGCUAUAGUCAAUGAACAGCAUUCUUACAUAGGUAUUCCUCUUGUCCAGAUGGGAUAGGACAGUGUGCAGAGUGAUGGCGAUUGCAUCGUCUGUGGAUCUAUUGGGGCGGUAAGCAAAUUGAAGUGGGUCUAGGGUGGCAGGUAAGGUAGAGGUGAUAUGAUUCUUGACUAGUCUCUCAAGGCACUUCAUGAUGACAGUGGUGAGUGCUACAGGGCGAUAGUCGUUUAGUUCAGUUACCUUUGCUUUCUUAGGUACAGGAACAAUGGUGGCCAUCUUGAAGCAUGUGGGGACAGCAGACUGGGAUAGGGAGAGAUUGAAUAUGUCCGUAAACACACCAGCCAGCUGUUCUGCGCAUGCUCUGAGGACGCGGCUAGGGAUGCCGUCUGGGCCGGCAGCUUUGUGAGGGUUAACGCGUUUAAAUGUUUUACUCAUGUUGGCCACGGAGACUGAGAGCCCACAGUCCUAUCCUCAAAGCGGGUGAAGAAGGUGUUUAGCUUGUCUGGAAGCAAGACAUCAGUCUCGGCGACGUGGCUGGUUUUCCUUUUGUAGUCCGUGAUUGUCUGUAGACCCUGCCACAUACAUCUCGUGUCUGAGCCGUUGAAUUGCGACUCCACUUUGUCUCUAUACUGACGUUUUGCUUGUUUGAUUGCCUUGUGGAGUGAAUAACAACACUGUUUGUAUUCUGCCAUAUUCCUAGUCACCUUGCCAUGGUUAAAUGCGGUGGUUCGCGCUUUCAGUUUUGCGCGAAUGCUGCCAUCUAUCCAUGGUUUCUGGUUAGGGUAGGUUUUAAUAGUCACAGUGGGUACGACAUCUCCUAUACACUUCCUGAUAUACUCAGUUACGGUAUCAGUGUAUUCGUCUAAAUCAUUUUCGCAAGCUACCCGGAACAUAUCCCAGUCCACGUGAUCAAAACAAUCCUGAAGCGGGGAUUCCGAUUGGUCAGACCAGCGUUGAAUAGUCCUUAGCAUGGGUACUUCCUGUUUGAGUUUCUGCCUAUAGGAAGGGAGAAGCGAAAUAGAGUUGUGGUCAGAUUUGCCGAAAGGAGGGCGGGGGAGGGCCUUGUAAGCAUUGCGGAUGUUUGAAUAACAGUGGUCUAGUGUUUUAGCAGCGUGGGUACUACACUCGAUAUGUUGAUAGAACUUCGGCAGCCUAGUCCCCAAAUUUGCUUUGUUAAAAUCCCCAGCUACAAUAAAUGUCGCCUCAGGAUAUGUGGUUUCCAGUUUUCAUAAAGUCCAGUGAAGUUCUUCGAGGGCCGUCGUGGUAUCGGCUUGAGGGGGAAUAUAAACGGCUGUGGCUAUAACGGAGGAAAAUUCUCUUGGGAGAUAAUACGGUCGGCAUUUGAUUGUGAGGUAUUCUAGGUCGGGUGAACAAAAGGACUUGCCCUGAGCUCAUCAACUUUGUUAUACAAAGACUGAACAUUAGCGAGUAAUAUACUCAGAAGCGGUGGGUGAUGUGCGCACAUCCUAAGUCGAACCAGCUGGCCGCCUCAAGUGCCUCUCUGCCGGCGAUGUUUUGGGUCGGCCUCUGGAAUCAGUUCAAUUGCUCUGAGGAGAGCGAACAAAGGAUCUGCUUUGGGGAAGUCGUAUUCCUGGUCGUAAUGCUGGUAGUCUGGUGAGUUACCGCCGCUCUGAUAUCCAAUAGUUCUUCCCGGCUGUAUGUAAUGACACAAAAUAUUUCCAGUUAAUAAUAUAAAAAAAAAUACAUAAAAAAACAAAAUAACUCAAAGUUUCCUAAGAGCUAGUCGCGAGGCUGCCAUCUCCGCCGGCACCAUUGUUCGAAUGCUCGUUAUAUUUUGAAUGCUUAGCAGGACAGCAAAUUGUCCAAUUCACGCACUUAUCAAGAGAACAUGCCUGCUCAUCCAUACUGCCUCUGAUCUGGCGGACUCACUAAACACAAAUGCUUAGUUUGUAAAUGAUGUGUGAGUGUUGGAGUGUGGCCCUGGCUAUCCACAAAUUUUAAAAACAUGAAAAUCAUGCCGUCUGGUUUGUUUAAUAUAUAGAAUUUGAAAUGAUUUAUACUUUUACUUUUGAUACUUAAGUAGUUUAAAAAAAAAGUAGUGUUUUACUGGGUGACUUUCACUUUUACUUGAGUCCUUUUUUAUUAAGGUAUCUUUACUUUUACUCAAGUAUGACAAUUGGGUACUUUUUCCACCACUGGCAACAGGAUAGAUAAUAAACAGUAGCAGCAGCGCAUGUGAUAAGUCAAAAGAGUUAGUGCAAAAAGGGUAAUUGCAGAUAGUCCGGGUAGCUAUUGAUUAACUAUUUAACUAACUAUUUAGCAGUCUUAUGGCUUGUGGAUAGAAGCUGUUCAGGGUCCUGUUGGUGCCAGACUUGGUGCAUCGGUACCACUUGCCGUGCGGUAGUAGAGAGAACAAUCUAUGACUUGGGUGGCUGAAGUCUUUGACAAUUUUUAGGGCCUUCCUCUGACACUGCCUGGUAUAGAGGUCCUGGAUGGCAGGUAGCUUAGCCCCAGUGCUUUCAACAUCUCUCUCUUUCGAUCCCUUGCUCUUUUUUCUCUGGAUUUUUCACUUUCUUUGUUACUCCCUUUCUUCCUUUCUCUCUCACCUCUCUCUCUAGGUUCCUGCAGGACCUGGAGCACAGGCUGGAGGAGGACAUCUUGCGUUUUGACGUGUCUGACAUCGUCCUGGCCCACUGUCCCGCCCUGCGAAGGGUCUACCUCCCCUACGUGACCAACCAGGCCUACCAGGAACAGACCUACCAGCGCAUGUUGUGAGCAGUCUUACUUUGUUUGUAUUUCUAUUUUGCUUUGUUGCACAUUUGAGACUGUAAGUAUAAUGCUUGCAAAUUAUGUUUCUCAGUGCCUAGUACACACACUCAAAUUGUCAGUUUAUACAUUUGGUGUGCAGGUUUCUGUUCCAUCCCAGCACUAACACACCUGGUUCAACUAAUCAUCAAGUGGUCCUCUGUAGCUCAGCUGGUAGAGCACGGCGCUUGUAACGCCAAGGUAGUGGGUUCGAUCCCCGGGACCACCCAUACACAAAAAUGUAUGCACGCAUGACUGUAAGUCGCUUUGGAUAAAAGCGUCUGCUAAAUGGCAUAUUAUUAUUAUUAUUAUUAUUAUUAAGACCAAGUGUGUUAGUGCUGGGUUGGAACAAAACCCUGUAGCUCUUCAGAAACAGGGUUCAUGACCACAGAUAUACACUACAUCUCCAAUCCAUACCAGUGAAGGUUUUUCCAACCAUAUUGCUAGAUUUUAAGUGUUGUAUCUUUUCUCUGUAGACAGGAGAAUACUCGCUUCCCAGGCAUCCUGGCUCGUUUGGAAGAAGACCCCAUCUGCCAGCGUCUUCCCCUCGCCUCCUUCCUCAUCCUCCCCUUCCAGAGGAUCACACGGCUCAAGAUGCUGGUGGAGGUACGAUAGAGCUCCCUUGUUCACCAUAGAAUUAAACUAUUCAUGACUGGCUGUAGGGACAAAACAAUUACUCUACCUUACAUCAAGUUACUGACCAGCGAAUAGGCAACUAUACAGCAUCAAGCUUUGCAGUGUCCUGAGGUGAAAGUUGAGAUCCAAAAUGUUCUACCUUCCUUCUAUCUUAUAGAAUAUCCUAAAGAGGACAACACCAGGCUCUAUGGAUGAGGACACAGCCACCAAGGCCUUCAAUGAGCUGAAAAAGGUAGCAGAAAAUACACCAUAAGUUUAAGUUAGGCCAAAUUCUGGUCAUUAUAUAAAUAAACAAAAUAAAGAAUAGACAUUACAUAGACAGUGCAGUGCAUUUUUCAGAAAUGAUUAAACUUUUUACUAAUAGACUAUAUUGCCUAAAACAUUGAAAUAACCGUUCUUAUCACAACAGAUUAUAAAGGAAUGUAACUCCAGCGUGCAAUCAAUGAAGAGGAUGGAAGAGCUCAUUCACCUCAAUAAGAAGAUCCACUUUGAGGGCAAGGUAGAUUAAAACAUCUCUCAUUAGGAACAACCUUAUUCAUUCUCAGUACACCUACUGUAUAUUCAUGUACAGCAUGUUCCCCUUUCCCCUAUCCACUGCUGGGAAUUAAUGGUUUUGGACAACAACAAAUCCUAUUUCUUAUUAUUGCCAUAGGAUGGGUUAACCAUAUAACAUUUGUCCAUUGUAGAUUACAAGUAAAGAAACCACAUGCCUCUAAACCCAGUAAUAAUUAAAUAAUUGUUCAUUCAUGCUCAUUAAACACAUACAUCUCCCCUUUUAGAUAUUCCCUCUGAUCUCCCAGUCUCGCUGGCUGGUCAAACAUGGAGAACUGCUGGAAGUGGACACGCAGACCAUGAGUAUUUCCGGGACAAAGUUCAAGUUGCCCACAAAGCCUGUGUACCUGCAUCUGUUCAAUGACUGUCUUCUGCUGUCCAGGAGGAAGGAGUGAGUACUAACAAUGUACAAUGUAGAGGGAGAAUAGAAAAAAAACAGUGUUUUAUAUGUAUGGCGUUAUGUCAUGCUACAGUAUGCUAAACUAUGCUCUGCUACGCUAUGCAACACUAUGUAUGGCGUUACUGUAUGUCGUAAAUGUUGGUUGAUUGAGUGAUGCAUGGCAUACCUUGACAAAUUCCUGUUUCUGGUCUGUCUGCAGCACGUGGAAGUUCAUGGUGUUUGUUCACGCUAAGAUCGGGCAGCUGAAGGUGAAGGACCUCAGUCAGAAGCUCCAGGGCAUCUCAGGUUUCAUCUUCCACCUGCAGCUGUGUGAGGGCCAGCAGCUCAAACACCAGAUCCUACUCAAGGCCCACACGGAGUAAGCUAGUAUACAUACCACUAUCAUGAUAUGUAAUGGUAGUGAUAAUGUAGGAACUGACAGCCUCUACGUGGGUUUUGUUUCUUCCCAGGAGUGGGAAACAGAGAUGGAUCACAGCCAUGUUCCCCUCUGAUCCAUUGGAAGAUAUUGAGCAGGCCAAUGAGAAUGAUGGUGAGUAGCUGCUUUAUCAAUAGUCUGCAUAAGCAGUCACAUCUUGCAGUGCUGAAUAAGUAUUUCAAUGACUUAUAAACCAACCUCAGUCAUGUCACUGAGCUUCUAUUGUUUCAUUUACUGUAACUUGGAAAAUAUUGCAUUACUUUUUAAAAAGUUUAAAAAAUAGAUUUUUACGGAAGUACAGCCUUUUCAUUAAUUUAUAAACCUUUGGUUGUUUCUCCUCUCAGAUCUUUCCCAAGUUCAAUGCAUCAAGAGCUACCAGGCCCAGGAGCAUGAUGAGCUAACAUUGGAGAAGGCUGAUAUUCUUCAAGCCAAGACCAUUACAAGUGACGGUGAGAAACUCCCUUUGGCAAGCUCACAUUAAACUCUAUCAUCAUAAGUAUAAACUUUAAAAGGCAAUAAAAUAAAAUCAGUAAAAUAAAAUAAAAACAGUUUACAUUUUCUCCUUUACACUAAAAGUGGUUCAUAACACUUUUCUAUCAUGUGUCAAACCCAAAGUUUGAGUCUAAAACAUUUAGACCACCACAAGUGAUAAUGUCCCUGGGUGUCGUGUAUUGUGUAUCCACAGGCUGGGUGGAGGGCAUUCGGCUGUCAGACGGGGAGCGGGGCUGGUUCCCGAAAACCAACGUGGAGGAGAUCACAUGUCGCAGUGCGCGUCUCCGCAACCUCAGAGAAAACAUCCGCAUUAAGUGUGUCACACAGAAGCUGGAAGAGGAGCUCUUUUAAGUGUCCUUUCCAUCCUGCAGCUUUUCAUUUAUGCUUGGAAUGAUCAAUCAAACAGUGCAACAACUCUCAACCCAAGUAUCCAUUAGACCCAGCUUUUACGCAACACCAGUUAUACAAUAGCUGAGCAGUUUUAGAUUAUCUGGAUGUGGGAGCUUUAUCUAGUCUGCAGGUGCUCAUAAGGGCAUUCUUUUUGUCAUAGCUUGAGCAUAAGCAAUAUUCUUAGGCAAUAUCGUUAUGCAGCUGCGUAGCAGUAAUUUUCUUUCACUCAUGCUUGCUAUGACUGCAUAGACAGUGCCUUGCAAAAGUAUUCAUCCCCCUUGGUGUUUCGCCUAUUUUGUUGCAGUACAACCUGUAAUUUAAAUAGAUUUUUAUUUGGAUUUCAUGUAAUGGACAUACACAAAAUAGUCAAAAUUGGUGAAGUGAAAUGAAAAAAAUUACUUGUUUCAAAAAAUUCAAAAAAAUAAAUAACGGAAAGGUGGUGUGCGCAUAUGUAUUCACCCCUUUGCUAUGAAGCCCCUAAAUAAGAUCUGGUGCAACCAAUUACCUUCAGAAGUCACAUAAU